UCUGUUUGUUUAAAGCCAGCAUUCUCAUUGCUGAUGCUGGGUGAUCUGCAGUGUCUUUCUCAGGCCUGAUCAUAGACAGUUUGCCCCUCUUAAGCUAGUGUUUUUUCAAGACCUAGAAGCUCAAAUAGGCCAUUUCUGGAGAAGUCUUUUUAAUAGGGUCUUUAAUUAACAGAAUAUACCAUUCUCACUAUGUGAGCGACCGUGUCUUUGCCUUGACAACAACCUGCAGCCGUAAAGCGAAUUUAAUUCUCAAACAAGAAGAUUGGCGACAGCUAUCAUUGCAUAUAUUGUUUACUGUAAUAUAUGGGAUUCUUCCCUGGAAACCACGGAGAUGGUAUUUGCCUGGUCUAACAGUCAAUAAUGAGAGAGACCACAAUGGAUUUUAGUACCUCAUCGGUGUUUGAUCAGCACAAAGUCUUCUAUAGGAUUAGAGCAUAAGAACGGCCAUACUGGGUCAGACCAAAGGUCCAUCUAGCCCACUAUCCUGUAUUCUGACAGUGGCCAAUGCCAGGUGCUCCAGAGGGAAUGAACAGGUGAUUCAGCAGAAGAAAUCGACCUCACUGUGGUUUACCAAACAGCUGCUAAUGGUGACGUCAACACACUGACUGCAGUGAUUCUUGAAGACCCUUCAAUAUUAGAAUGCUGCGACAGCGAGGGUUGUACCCCCUUGAUGCAUGCUGUUUCGGGACGCCAAGUCGAUACAGUGAAAUUGCUGUUGAAGAUGGGAGCAAAUAUUAAUACUCAAGAUGCCUGUGGACGCACCAGUUUAUCUCUUGCAACCUAUCUGGGGUGGCUUGAAGGCUGUGUCAGUCUGCUCCGAAAUGGUGCCAAGCAGAACAUACCUGAUAAAAAUGGAAGACUGCCACUGCACGCUGCUACCGCAGAGCCUGAUGUGAGGCUUCUAGCGGUGCUGCUGCAGCAAUCGCAUCUAAGUGACAUUAAUCAUCGGGACAAUGAGGGAAUGACUGCCCUUCACUGGGCUGCUUUCCACAAUCGGCCCCAGCAUGUGCAAACCCUGCUGCAGAAAGGAGCAGAUCCAACUCUGGUGGACAAAGACUUUAAAACUGCUCUUCACUGGGCAGUACAGAGUGGAAACAGGAUUCUGUGUUCCAUCAUUCUGAACCAUCACCAGGGUCCAUCGAUAAUAAACUAUGAUGAUGAGAAUGGGAAGACGUGUAUGCACAUUGCUGCUGCUGCAGGUUACAGUGACAUUAUCAGUGAGCUGGCUAGAGUCCCGGAGUGCAAUCUACAGGCCCUUGAUGUGGAUGACAGGACGCCUCUGCACUGGGCUGCAGCAGCAGGGAACGCUGACUGUGUACAGACUCUGCUGCAGCUGGGGAUAGAUAGUAGCUCUCGGGACAUCAAUGAAAACACUCCUCUGACAUACGCCUUGUACUGUGGGCACACAGCAUGCAUCAAGCUGCUCUCUCAGGAGAACAGUAGAUCUGAGCCAGUCCAUCACCCUCCUUCACAGAACAAUAAAAUCCUAAAGAAGGAAGGAAGAUUCAGUAUGCUUAACCAAAUCUUCUCCUGCAAAAAGAAGAAAGAUGAUCAGAAAACAAACCAGAAAGACAGAGGCAGAGACAGAUAUCAAAGGGAAGAGACCUCGGAAGUUGAUGACAUUAUCACUACAUUUGAUUGCAUUAUGGACACGAACUGUAAAGACAACUCCGAGGAAUGUAUGACCACUGUUGACUUUAAAAGAAGAAGCACAGACACCCAGAAGUACCUCAUAUCAGAAAAGAAGCAGCCAGAGUGUAAUGGACUUCCUCCAAUAAGAACACAAAGUCUCCCCCCCAUUACUAUAGACAAAUCUUUUCGAACAACUUCCUACAGUGCAACUUCAAGUGUCUGCUUGGCUACUAAUGCCUACCAUUUUGCACACAGGUCUCAGAAAAGUAGAAGUGAACAUGACUUGUUAAAUCACAGAAGUAGCUGCCAGACUUUAUCAGACAAUCCUUGGAACACAGAUGCUAACCAAAUACUCUCAUAUAAAGUCUGUACUGCAACUUCUUCAGAUAAACUGAUAGAUGGUUUACUCUCUGAAAGAUCCAGCCAUGUGCUUUUGUGCCCUCCCCACCUUCCCUAUCUGCCUAGUUCUCCAUCAGGGAAAAGUUUUCAACAGAUGUCCCUAGACCAACUCAAAGUAAAAGACCUUACUCCUGUACGGAACAAUCUAGCUCCCAUACCAGACCACUGUGUUCAGAAAAUCCAGCUACCACCUACUGAAGUUUCUCAUGGUGUCAAGAAGUCAAAGUCUCUGUCUUUAAACUCCUUAAGGACUGGCACAACUAUUCUCCCACCAGCACUUACCUCCAAAUCCCAGAGAGGAGGACUUUCUCAAAGUCAUUCACUGCAUUCCUUCUUACCUGUUGUAUCAGGGGAGUCUCUCAGAACAAGCCGUGUCCUGCCUGCUAUCCCAAGUCAGAAGGGGUCUACUCUCACAGUGGAAUACUUUAAGAAAUCUUCCAGCAAAUCAGACAGUGAAAAUUAGCUCAUCUUGCUGGCCUCAAACACAUAGAUGGAAAUAUUUCGAAGCUUUUUAUUACAAGAUAACUAUACAGUAGAACCUCGCUAAUUCACAUUAAUGAAAGCUGAUGACAACUAGACUGUUAAUGAUUAAACAAUUUAAAAAGCAAGGAUAAUGUAUCACACACCGUAUUUUGUGCAUUGUUUUGACUUUUAGUAUUUUAAUUUAUGAUUAAUUUGCUAGUGAGUAGUAAAUAUACUGUAGUAUAUUUUGUGAAAGGAGACCCUGGUAGCGUACAACUCCACUACAGCACUGUAUUAAAUCUUUGCUGAGAAGGAGGGCUAGAAUGCCAGGGUUUGUGUGAGAGUCAUAAAGUGUUUGGAUAAGUGAAAUAUGAGUUGGUGAGGUUCUACUGCAGUUCAAAAAGCAAAGGCUCUGAUGCUGAAAACCAAUUUUUUUUUUUUAAACUAAAAUUCUGAACUCUAAAGAAACAUCAGUUUUGGUAAAUCAGCUGUUAUUUUCCAAUUUAUUUCUAACACAUUUUCUACACUGUGAAUUUGUGAUUUUUGUGAUCUCCACAUGCCAAAAAAAUGUAAUACAAAAAAACAAAUCUUUGUAAGACAGACAGGGACAUAGCAUGGGCCUUUCAAAAUGUUUGCUGAUUGCACGGAUUGAUUUAUGUAUCUGAUUUACUUAAUACUUUAUAUUCUUCAAUAACAAGACACUGUAUUAUUUUCAUAUAACAAGGAUAAUUCAAUCA